GUUUCAGGGCACAGUAGAAGAAAAAUGGCAGAACCACGUUUCAACUCAAAUAGGAGAACGUUCGAGGCGUGACUGCCGCCAGUAGAGCGAGUGCCCGGUGCUGGUAUCAUGGAGGAGUUGCAGAUUGAGGACGAGAGGCUGGACAAUAACGAUGGCCUGCGGAACUCUAAGCAAGCGCUUCCUGUGGGCCAAAGCCGUACAAAAGAUCACAGUAAAGAAGCAACUGGAGAGUCAGAGAGCAGGUGACAUCUCGGGCGGCCGUGUGUCCCCACAGUAUGGCGUCAGUAGUCACGAUAGCUUUGAUACUGCUAAGGUGGAACCAGGCUUGUCUGGGAGUGCGGAGGACCUCAGUCCUCAGACGGUGGACGCCGGGGACGCCCGUACCGUGACCACAGCAGAUGACAAUCAUGACAUUGACAUGGAUCUUAUUUGGCCCGAUGGAUGCGAAGGUGAUUCGGUGUUCAAGCGGGGAUGCCUUUACAAGGGGAUAUAUUGGCCGUCUUUAACUAACAGCUUCAGAGAACCCCACCUGGAGUUGAGUUAUCAGAGGUAUUCCCACCGCCAGCGACAAAAGAGCCUCAUCAUCGUUAACUUUGUGGACAUGCUACUCAAGGGAGUUCUGGCAGUGCUGUGGAUUCUGCUUAAUGGUCCAGUUCGAUACCAUGACGUCACCUCGGCUAUCUGGUCCUCGGUCAUGAUGGCAUUCAACUUGGCGGUCUGUCUGCUGGGCUGGUGGCGCUGUUUCGCCAACAACUACCUACAUUGGGCCGCUGUCUUCACUUGGGCCCUCCUCAACAUCCAAGGAUUCAUAGGUGAGGGCCUGGGAUUCUGCUCGCCCGAGUACCUGGUGUGGUACGUGUUGUUCAUCGUGUUCGUUACGUACGGCAUGCUGCCCCUGCCACUUCGCUGGAGCAUGAUCGCCGGCUGUACCACGGCGCUGGUGCAUGUGAUCAUCAGCACCAUCCACAAGGUGCCCUCACAGGAGGACUUCGGGUGUAAGACGAGACAGGCGUUAGCCACUGCACUGACGUACACCUGCCUCAACUUUGCGGGUUUAUACACCAAAUACUUGACUGAUCGUGGACAGCGCAAAGCCUUCUUGGAGACUCACAGAUCCACGGAAACCCGCUUCCGAACACAGAAGGAAAACGACCAGCAAGAGAAACUUCUACUCUCAGUUUUGCCAGACUUCGUAGCCAAGGAGAUGAUAAGAGAUAUCGCCAGUGAGGCUGAGAAGGGUCAGUUUACUCCUCAUCAGUUCCAUAGGAUAUAUCUGCAUUGUUACGAGAAUGUCAGUAUUCUCUUUGCAGACAUCAAGGGCUUUACAGCUUGGGCGAGUCAGUGCAGUGCCCAAGAACUAGUCAGGGUUCUCAAUGAUCUCUUUGCCAAGUUUGAUAAGCUUGCGGCGGAGAACCACUGUCUGCGCAUCAAACUGUUAGGUGAUUGCUAUUACUGCGUGUCAGGGCUACCCAAGCCCCGGGCUGACCACGCCCACUGUUGUGUCGAGAUGGGACUACACAUGAUUACUGCUAUCCACGACGUCCGCAACAAACUCAAUGUAGACCUCAAUAUGAGGAUAGGGAUCCACUCGGGGUCGGUUCUGUGUGGUGUGCUGGGUCUGCGCAAGUGGCAGUUCGACGUGUGGUCCUAUGACGUCACACUUGCAAAUCAUCUUGAGUCAGGUGGAAUACCUGGACGGGUGCAUAUUUCUAGUGCUACCCUGGAAUGUCUACAGGGAGCCUAUGAAGUAGAACCAGGUCAUGGUGACACCAGAGACAGCUAUCUUAAGGAACAUGAAGUAGAAACAUACCUGAUAAAACAGAAGGAACCAUCUAAACCUCGCAAGAGGUUGAUGCACAGAGCGUCUCGACCAGCACUGUGGUCUGAGGAAGAGAAGCUGACGAACUCUGUCAACAGAGAGAGCCCUAAUAUGACUCCGAUUCAUACAUUCCGUCACAACAUUAUCAAACAGACAGACAGCAAUGGAAAUCAUGGCAAUCACAAUAGUUUGGGGUUUGCAGAUGAAUGGACUCCUGAAAUACCUUUUGAAAAUCUAAGUACCAGCGGGCAGGACCUGGAUGUUGAUGAGUUGCCCCCAGUUGAGCCUCCACCCUCCCUUACUCCUGCUGAGGAGGUGGAUGUUAUCAUGGACAACAACAUAGAGGUAGAGAGCAACCAGCGAAUACGUAAGGAGAAUGUCAACGCCUGGACACUUACAUUCAAACAGCCUGAUAUGGAAGUUAAAUUCUGUCAGCUGCGAGAAGACAUGUUCAAGUCAAACAUGCUAUGUUGUUACAUCAUUUGGCUUUUCGUUGUCAUUUGCCAAUUCAUCAUUUUGAGCUGGUCCUGGCUACUGGUACUUGGACUGCUGGGUACUACAGUAGUCCUGAGUCUCGCCCUUGUGCUGGUGAUGGCUGAGGAAUUCCAUCAGCUACCACUUUCUCUGCAAAAGAUGUCCGGAGUUUUGGUGCAGAAUCGCAACAGGCGGACUGCCUUUAUCUGUCUAGUAGUCGCACUCAUGUGUGUAGCUUCAUCUCUUGGUUUGUUUCUAUUUUCUGAUGAUUUAUUGAUGUCGUCAAAUGCUGUGACUCGUCAAGUGAGAUCCAUUGGACAACAUCAGUUACCCAACAGUUUUGUUUUAAGUGUGUAUCAAGAAAAGUUCAACAGGACAGGAGGUGACAAGUUACCUCUACUUAAAAAUGAGUACAAAUAUUUGAGGAAAAAAGCAAAAUUAUUAAAAGACUUUAACAUCAAACUUAAGAAAAGUAAAUUUGAGGGACAAAACGUUUUAAAUAUAGACUUAAGUGCUAGUACUAAAAAGACUCAAGAAAAUGUAAAUUUAGAAAUAAAAAGACUGCAAAGCAAAGAUUUGAUUCUUCCAGAAAAAAAUAUUGGCGAUCUGGAAAAAGGGGACUUCCUCAAUCGGUUUACCAGAAGCAAUGGAGAUGACACUUCAAGACUGAAAGAACAAAUCAUUAGUGAUUCCGAUUUACUAAGUAACAAUAGAACUUCAGAACGAUCUAAUUUGUUUAACGGGUUGUGUAUUCACCCUGAGUACUUAGUCUUUACAUGGGUCAUGUGUUUAGUUGCCCUGGCAACCACACUCAAGCUCUACUUCCUCAUCAAGACACUUCUCGCUUUCUUCAUGGUCACCUUUUAUGCACUUCUAGUCAUCAUGGGAUAUCCCAGUACUUUCAUCAACUAUCCAGAAUCAAAGCUCAAGAUCCCACUCACAUAUCAGAUGCUGCUGCUUCUUAUUGUGUUCUUGACGCUUGUGGCUUAUCAUGCCCGACUGGUGGAGGUCACUUCCAGACUGGAUUUCCUGUGGAAGCGAGAGGCACAGCGAGAACUGUCAGAGAUGCGUGAGACACGACGCAACAACCGGCAACUAUUGCGGAACAUUUUGCCUGACCAUGUUGCCAAUCAUUUUCUUACACAGGAUAGGCAAGCUGAGCAUCCCUGGGUGCAGUUCACUUUGGGAAGAGUUCCUCUACCGAAAGAUUUUUCAGAAGAUGAGGAACUGUACUCUCAGUCCCGAAACAAUGUCGGAGUAAUGUUUGCCAGUAUACCUAACUUCACAGAGUUCUAUUCUGAAGAUAUCAACAAGGGAAUUGAGUGCAUUCGACUGCUCAAUGAAAUUAUUGUGGACUUUGACGAGCUGCUAGCUGAACCAAGAUUUUCUUCAAUUGAAAAGAUCAAAACAGUUGGAGCAAGCUACAUGGCGGCAUCAGGAUUAAAUCCAACUCAUAGGGGAAGAGAAGGUGAAAAUGACCAUAUCUGCGCUCUUGUGGACUUUGCCAUUGCCAUGAAGCAAUGUUUAGAGGAACUCAACAAGCACUCAUUCAACAAUUUCCAGCUUAGAGUUGGUAUCAGCACUGGAGCUCUUGUGGGCGGAGUGAUCAUCGGAGCACGAAAGCCUGUCUAUGACGUCUGGGGCAACACUGUGAAUGAGGCUUCUAGGAUGGACUCGACUGGUACCAUGGGCCGAAUACAAAUCCCUAAGGAGACAGCUAUGAUGCUGACAGCACGAGGAUACCAGCUGGAGUACAGAGGUUUGGUGCCAGUCAAGGGUAAGGGCGAGAUGGAGACGUACUACGUGGUCGGACGUGCGGCCGGCAUACAGGGGGCAUUCACUCGCACACCAUCGCAGCACGCCUCCUUGGCAGCCGUCGUAUAUGGCAUGGUUCAGGCCCGCCGCCGACAGAACACAGUAAAGAGAACACACACGCAGAGUGGUGGUCUGAGCAGGACCAAGUCGCAGCACUCCUCCUCUUCUAGAGGAGUGUUUGAGUCUACUCUCUCGCCGAGGUCCGGUGGUAACCGUCUGGUCAACUUCCGCAGCUUCAGGAUGUCUCAGCAGUCGACUCCGAAUCCUGUGAGGCGCCACAACACCUCACGUCCAAGCCGUCAAGUCAGCCAACCUGCCGAGGAGAGUCACACACGGUCGUACCAAAACAUCCGUCAGCUCUCGGUGGACCCUAAGCUGCUGAGUCGCACCAACCAAGGGUUGUUGUCCAGUCUGCAGCUUGUGCAGCGUUCUGCACCCCAGACACCUUUGAUUGACAACAAUCGCGCUAGUCGAACUCCUCCAACAACCAACCGUUCCUUGUCACCCAUGAACAACGUGACUCCUCGGUCAAACUCCCCUAACGAUAUUCCCUUCUCGACCAUAACGGCCAGGACGGCUUCACCAUCCAGUUACAGUAUGGUCUUAAAACCCAACGUCCGCUCGAUAUCCAUGAACUUCAGCAACCCUAAUGAGACCCAGGAUGUUAGAUGAUUGUCGGACUUCUAAGGAGCCUUUAGGUUCCUUAGAAUAAAAUGUUCCUACUCGUGGGUGCUACUUACGCUUCUACAAGACUCCGUUCCUUCAUUCACUAGGCCUAACUCAGUGAUCUAGUAAAGACCAAUAAUGUAGAUAUAUUUUUCGUACAGGUAGCUUGCUAUGUAGAUAAUGUGUCGUAAUUUAUUUCUAAAGUAAUUUUACUGUACAAAGAUACUGUCUAAAACUCUAGUGUCUAUUACAAGAAUCUGAUUAACUUUAAGAUUUGUAUAACUGUGUAUAUAGUAUGACUAAUUGUACAUUGUCAUUCUUUAUUACUGUACGCUGUAAAAUAAAAUCUGUUUUACAAAUAAAA